AAAUUCCCUAUUCAAACAUUAAAAUGGCUAAAGGAUGACAACAUACAACUGUCACUUGAAGGAAAAAAAGUUAAUAUUUCGAAGAGAAAUAAGAGAAAAUGUCUCAUAUUCAAUAUGUGGACGAAUUGGUCAAGGAAUAUUUGCUAUUUAGGGGUUUCAGUCAAACUUUGAAGGCUUUUGAUAACGAUUUGAAAGCUGAGAAAGAGAAAGGUUUCAGGGUUGAUAAAAUUGUUGAUCAAUUGAUGCAAUACAUAUAUAAUUAUGACUUAGCAUCUUUAAGAGAAUUAUGGGGACAUUUAGACAUGAGAAUGUUCUCUCGUUUAGAAAGUCAUUUCACACCAGCUGUGAGAAAAUUAGAGAAUGCUGUUUUAAAAAUGUACCUAGUUAAUGCAGCUGUAAACAAUAAACAAGAUAGGAUUCAAGAAUUUUUUAUAAAAAUGACACCAGAGUUACAAGGACAUUCAGAAUGGAAAGAAUGGUUUGCAUUACCAUUUGUUAAAAAUCCUGAAGACAAUCCAGCAUAUUCUGUUCAUUUUAGUAGACAGUGGCAGGACACUAUGUUAGUGUCCCUGCAUAAUUUUCUUGCUACUAUUUUUCAAUGUAUGCCACAACCAACAUUACUUGCAAUAGACGAAGAUACAAAUAGAUUAAAACGUCUUCAAGAAGAGAAUGAAGCAUUGAAACAACGUUUAAGUGAAUCUGUUAAAAUAGAAAAUGUAAUGGAUGUAAAUCCAGGACCAGCUCCUCAACAAUUACCACUCAUGGAUGAUUUUUAUAUUAUAGCACAAGAAUCUCCUUUAUUAGAAAAUCCUAAAACUUUAAGAAAUCUUAUAAGAAAUAUAGGCGGUGGUUCCAGUCCAAUUUUAAAUAGAAAGCCUGGAACAAGUACAAAGAAAGUUGUAGAAUCUGAAGUGAUAUCAACAAAAAGAACUAAUACAAAAGGAAAAAUAAAUUCGAUCAAUAAAUCUGAACCUGUUAGUAAAAGAAGCAUUAGCUGUGAUUCAAGAUUAACAAGUUCUAGAAAAAGAGAUUCAUCUAUUGAUACGGUAGCCGAACGGAAAGCUAAAGAUAAAAUCGAUUCCACUUAUAUUCUUUUGAGUCAGGAAGAAUAUACAGAACAUAAAACAUCAAUAAUUCAAUGUAAAAGUAAUGCAAGUGGUUCUUACGUUGCUACAGGUGAUGCUGAUGGUAUUAUUAAAGUAUGGACUCCGAUACCAUCACCAAAAACUGUCACUACAUUUGUCUCUACUCCAGCAAACUCAAAUAAAGCUAUUACAGCAUUAGAUUGGAUAUCGAAAAAUGAACGAUAUUUUUUACAUGGAGAUAAUAAUGGCCUAAUUCAAUUACAUGAUACUCGCGAUUACAAAACUUUAUGGGAUAUUCAACACGAGAACUCUCGAAUCAUUACUUUAUUAUGCAAUCCAACAGAAUCAACAUUUGUAUGUUCUGUAUCUGAUUCAAAUGAAGGAAAAUUAUUAUUAUAUGAUAUAAAAACAAGAAAAUUAGAAAGAAUCUUGCCAAUGGAACAAAACGUAACUGCACUCUGCUCUGCAUUUAAUCAUAAUGGACAACUUCUUAUUACGGGAUUAUCUAAUGGAAAUAUUUUAAUACACGAUUUAAGACGAAACGAAAUUAUUGAUAACAUAAGUUGUCAUGCAAGUCCAAUUAUUGAUAUAGAAUUAAUUAAUGAUUACACAAAUAUUUGUACACAAAGUGAGGAUGGAAAACUUUGUCAAAGAAGUUUAAAUCAUUCAGGAAAGAUUUUAUGGGAAACAAAAAUUAAAGUAGAAAAAAAUACAGUUCAUGGAAAAUUAUUUACUUUUGAUCAAAGUGGAAACUAUAUGCUACUUUGUACACAAACUGGAGGAAAUAUAUACAAAAUGCCACCAGGUACACAAGCAAAAAUUUUAGAAUUAGGCGGACAUAAAGGUACACUCUGUUGUGACUGGUCUACUGCCAAUCAAUCCGGAACUUGUAUAACUGGUGGCGCAGAAGGAAAAGUACGUGUAUCGACGUUACUUUCACCAUGAUACAGAAGCAAAAUUAGUAUCUGUGUGAAUUCAUGAAAUAUCAUGUAAAAUUUAUAAGACUAGCUCAAAUUUGUAGAUACUAAAUAUUUAGUAUAAUGAAUGUUAAAAAGAAACUUUUUAGUCAUUAUGUUGCAUAAUGAAAUUUAAGAAUAUCUCAUUUAAAAGACAUUCAAAGUAUCAUAAGAUACUUUGAAGGAAAAAUCCAAAUAUUUUAUGAAAAGUACAAUGAAUGCAAACGUAUCAUGCGUUAGCGUAAAGUUAAAUGUAUUAUAAUACUAUCUUUAAAAUGAAAUCAGGGACUAUCAAUUGUACAGAAACUAUUAUAAUUGUAAAAAAAAAAAA